UCGUGCGUGCGUUUCAUAACUUCGACGGUUCGGUACCGCGCACGCGAAAACGCUCCUCUAACGUUCGCGAAUGUUCAAAUUUCACCGUCUACCGCUAAACGUCAACUACUCGUCUGCCGUUGGUAGAUCCCGAGUAUUCAGAGGAUAUACGGACAACGUCAUCUGUCGAUUACGUUCAGUUUAGCAUUAUGGAACAAAUGGCUGAAGAAAAAAAUUUUAUUGCUGAAAAAUCUAAAAGUAAUAGAGCAAAAUGUAAAAAAUGUAAAGAAGUCUUGAACCAAGGAACAUUGAGGAUUGCUAAGGUCAUGCCUAAUCCAUUCGGUGACGGGAAAAUGAUGGCUUGGCAUCAUCCACAAUGUUUAGUAGCUGUAUUUUCAAAACAGAGGAAAACGACCGCGAAAAUUACUUGUGUGGAUGACAUAGGAGGGUGGGAUGAACUAUCAAUGGAACACCAAAAAGAAAUAUUUACCACUUUCCCUGAUAUUCCUCGCGAGAAAUUUAAAACACACGAUGAUAGUCCAGUUGAAAAAGAAACACCCAGUAAAAAGAAAUUAAAAACAAAACCGCCUCCAACACUGGUGCCAUCGUCCAAACCACAAAUGCAAGAAUAUCUUUUUAAGGACUUUCGAAAACUAUGCAUGAAGUUAUCACAGGAAAACAGUCAUCUUCAAAAAACAGCAAUUUUCAAAGAAUUCAUUGAUAAAAUAUUAUCUAAAGAACAGUCAAAUGAAACACGCGCAGAAAGCUUGUUUUUGUGGUGUAAAAUGUUAUUGCCUAAUUCGGAAAAAAGAAUUUACAAUUUACAUUCCAAACAACUUAUUAAAUUGUUUAGCCAACUGUUUAAACAAGAUGAAUUCCUAAUGCUAGAAGACCUGGAAAAAGGAGAUGUAGCAGAGACGAUCAGAAUAUUUUUUGAAAAAAAUAAGAAUAUCAAAGCAGUGGAAAAAUCAUUUUUAACCUUGAGUAAAGUUGAUCAUUUUCUCGACAAAUUAGCAGUUGAAACUACUGAAGCAGCACAAAUGAGUCUUUUUAAAUCUAUCGCUUUGUUGUGUACUGGAAAUGAUUUAAAAAUGAUUAUACGCCUCGUGAUGCAUGAUCUAAGAAUUAACUGUGGACCAAAAUUUAUUUUAGGAGCCAUUCAUGCUGAUGCCUAUCAAGCAUAUCAAACUUCGCAUAAUUUAAAAGCUGUUAUAGAAAAAUCGUGUUUUUUUGAUGCGUCUAAGAUAGAAAAUAAUAAAAAUAGCAGAAUGAACGUCAAUGUAUCCUUGUUAACACCGAUUUUACCUAUGCUAGCUGAAGCAUGCAAAAAUAUAGAUGACGUUUUUAAAAAAUGUCCUUCUGGUAUAUAUUCAGAAAUUAAAUAUGAUGGCGAACGCGUACAACUACAUAAAAGCGAAGGAGAGUAUAAAUUUUUUUCAAGAAGUCUCAAACCCGUCUUGAAUCACAAAGUCGAACCAUUCAAAGAGUAUAUUCCCAAGGCUUUUCAACACGGAGAAGAGCUUAUUUUAGACUGUGAAGUGCUCAUGUAUGAUCAUAAAAGUAACAAACCACUACCAUUUGGAACCUUAGGAAUUCAUAAAAAAAGUAAAUUUGAAAACGCUAAUCCUUGUUUGUUCAUUUUUGAUUGUAUGUAUUAUAAUGGCGUGUCAUUAUUAGACAGAUCGAUUGUCGAACGACGAAAAGUUCUGGAACAAAACAUAACGGAAAUUAAAGGACAUAUUAUGUUAUCAGAAGUUAAAAAAUUGCAUAACACUGACCAACUUAAGUUGAUGAUAGAAGAUGUUUUGAAACAAGGCCUAGAAGGAUUAGUAUUAAAGGGUUUAACGGGAAUUUACGAGCCAGGAAAGAGACAUUGGCAAAAAAUAAAAAAAGAUUACUUAUUUGAUGGUUCAAUAGCUGAUAGCGCUGAUCUAGUUGUUCUUGGUGCUUGGUUCGGUACUGGGAAUAAAGGUGGUAUGAUGUCAAUAUUUCUAAUGGGUUGCUAUGACGAAGCGAAACAUGUAUGGUGUACAGUGACUAAAGCGCAUGGUGGUCUUGACGAUAAGACACUUGAAAGAUUACAGAACGAAUUAAAAAUGAUAAAAAUUAGUAAAGACCCCGAAAAAGUUCCAAGGUGGCUAAAGUGCACUAAAACUAUGAUUCCAGAUUUCGUUGCUGAAGAUCCUAAGAAAAUGCCUGUUUGGGAAAUUUCCGGUGCAGAAUUCUCUCAAGCUGAAGUUCAUACUGCUAAUGGUAUAUCAUUAAGAUUCCCUAGAAUAACUAGGAUUAGGGACGACAAAGAUUGGAAAACAGCUACAUCAUUAACCGAAUUACAGAAUUUAUAUAAAAUUUCAAAAGAAACAAGCAAUUUAAAUAUUUUUUCAAAUAUUAGUCCGACAAAAAAUACUAUUUCUGAUAAUGAUUCGUCACAAUCAUCACCUGAAAAAAGAAAAAAAAUUAAGCAAUCUUUAGAUACGGAUGACGGAGAAUCAAGUUCCGAACACUACACUGAAAUUCCUGCUAAAAAAAUUAAACUUUCUAUAGGACCACAGCGACGUUUACCUGAUUUAUUUACUGGAAUUCGUGUUGUUGUGCCAGAUUCAACGUCUAAAAAUACAUUUUUACGGUAUUUUAUUGCUUAUGGAGGUACGUGUUUAAACGAAACUGAUGAAUCUUUACCUACGCAUGUUAUUAUUUCAAAAAAAGGACCUAAUAAAUCACCAGUGAAAUCUCAGGAAAAGAGUUCGAGCAUUGAAGUUUGCGCUCAAUGGUUUUGGGACAGCAUAAGAGCCAACACCCUGCUGCCGAUUGAAAACUAUUAAGAACGCUAUUAUUUAUUAUUAUUUUAUUUUUCAACUAAUACUUUCAGUUUUUAUCAUAUAAACUAUGGUUUGUACUUGUAACAUAUGAGAAUUUCCUAUUGUACUUUGUAUCAUCGCUCAGUUUCAAUAAUAAUAAAAUUGAGUUAUACGAAUCUCUUUCGAUCAUA